UCGAAUACUUUGAAAAGGUGUACAUUAAAAUUUAAAAAUGCGAAUGUUUUGGAAAAUAACCUCAAGAAGUCAAGAACGAGUUUACUCGGGUCAACAAGUGAAGACAUAUGGCAUAAUAAUAAAAUACUUAUGUUUUCGUAAGGUAUAUUUCCGUAAUAUUUUUCAACAAUAAAAUAUUUCCAAAUAAAUAACAUUCUUUGAGUAAAUUACCCGUAAUAUUUUCAUUAUUUUAUUUAAAACAGUCUUAGUGUUGAUUUCUUGGCAGUAAAAUGAUCAUAAAGAUGAAGUGUGCAGCAUAGAUGUAGAAAACAUGCAUCGCUUUCUUUGUCUAAGGUAUCGUUUUCACAAAUGGGCAUUGUCAAUAAGAUUUCUGUUGCCUACGUACCCACUGAUACUUUAUUAUGCAUAUUAUAAUACUCUAAUGCGUUUAGAUAGAAAAUCAGUAGGAAUGCAAAAACAGAAGACAGAUUAAAGAAAGCUUAAUUCGUCGAUAUUCAUUUCAUAGUAGGUAGUUUACUAUUGUUUAUUCAAUAGAAUUAGGUAGUAAUUAUACAAGCGUCGUAUUGGGUGUUUGAAUCUUAUCAUGAUUUUUAAUUCCGAUAAAACUGAUGAUUUAUUUAUUAAUAAUAGUUAUAAGUGUUAAAAGUUUUAUGAAGUUGACGACUGAACUGGAGUAAAUGUAUGAUUGGAAUUUAGAUAAUAAAUCCAAGAUGGCAAUAAACACGCUGAAAUGUGUAUUAUUUUUAUUACCUUUGAUGAAAGCAGAUGAAAUGGCAGAAUAUAAUAUUGUGGAUUUCAAUCAAUUGCCUACUAUUCAUUUGGAACAAUUUUAUUCCGAUGUUUUUUCUGAGAUGAACAUUUUCUACGAACCCAAUACAAAUAGCGCUGUGCCAUUAAUAAGUAAAUCGGCUGGUAACAUUGAGAAGAAUUUCUUUCGAAGAAUUUAUGGAAAUUUACCAUGCGUAUGCACGUGGGGAGGAUGCGAUUGCUGCGUCGAUAUUAAAAUCAGAAUUCUAAACGUGCUACAAAACGGUUGUGUGAAAUUGCGAGCACUAAGCAAUGAUAAUACAGGUAUACAAACAGAAUUGCAGCUAAAUCAGCAGUCAAUUAUCCGAAGAAGGAUAUCAUUUGAUCAAACACCGCCGCUUUGCAUACCCUUCCCGCCUUUUCCUGCUAUAUCGAUAUGUAUUAGGUUGACCGACAUUAUGAGAGACGGAGGGAACAUUAAAGCAUGUGUCCAUUUCGAUUUACGAAUUACUGGUACAUUGGCUCCGCUUUGGACUUUACAGUUUACUUGCGUUCGUUUCGGUUUUAGCGGAAUUUCUUGGUUUCAACCUGAAACGCCAACUCCACCUCAAUCAUUGCCUCAGCCAAAUGGGUUUUUGUUAACUCCCCCUGUUUUUAAUUAUUUAGUUUUUUUUUAACGUGUAAAAAAAUAUAAACGAUGUUCCUAUAAUUGUAUAUAAAUUAAAUUUUAUUUGCUUUUCAAUAAAUUCUGCUAGUGGAGUUUU